AUGAACCGAAUUUACGAAGUCGAGAGUCCGUGUCCGCCAGACCCAAGAUUUUCAAAAUCCGGACGAAGCAGCGACGAUAAUCACGCUUUAGCAGAUCUGUGGGAUACCAGUUUCGAUGAUUUCGAAGACACAGCCGCGGUGGAGUUCACAACCGAAAUACGCGCUCCCUUGCUCACAGCAACGAAACCUCGACGUGUCAGGAAAGGGACUUCGUUCCAAAUCCAUGAAGAUGGAAAGCCUGACGUUGCACCGACGGCGGAUGCAAAUCCAAGACUAAACAACGGAGUAAAGAGAAAGAAAUUAGAUGGAAAAUCAACAAUGCUUGCUCAGCCGGCUCAGCGAUUUCAGCGUCCGAGAGUCAGCUUUGCUGUGAAAUCGCCUCAUGAAGUACCCACAAAAGACCGACGGUCCAGCUCCAGAUCGGAGCAGGAGAGUAUCACGACCAGGGAUGAAAAUAACUCGUCGAUAAUACAAGAGAAAGAGUUGAAAGCUAAGGAGUCGAAGGAGGACAACUUGAAGAAAGAUGUCCGCCGCCGAACGAUAUACAUUCCCUCGGAGGAUACGACUAUGCCUACUGUUUUCAUGAGCCUUUUCAGUCCUUUGAAAUCCCAAGAUCCAAACACGAUCAAUACCUCUGGUUCAGACGAAACUGUACCGAUAAACAGUCUCGAGGCCCGUAUCGCGGCAAAGCGACAAGCAAGAACAUCCCUCGCGGCCGCACCACGACGAGCGCCGCUACAGCAGAAACCCAAGGUUACUCAAGAAACAACGCUAAGUCGAGAUGUCGUUGGCAAGAAUGGAGGGAAGGAAAAUAUACCACCUGGCUAUCUUCUGACCAGUGACAAGGGCAAAGAGGAUAAAGAUACCUUCCCGGUUUUCGAGGUUCCGGCGAAGAACAUUUCGAAAACGAGCGUGCCAAAGAAUGUGUCAAAGGACAAAGUUGCUCUCGCGAGUCGCAAAAAUCUCCUUACAGUGCCUGAGAAUAAAAAGACUGUGUCUAAGGCCAUCGGUCAGAAAUCGUUAGAGAUGAUGAUGUCAAGUGUCAAUUCUAAAAGUGCAAGUUCGACAUCAUUAAAGGAUGCGAAAAAGAGCACUGUGAAGCCCAAGGUGGUUUCCAAGGAUGUCUCUCGCAAUUCCAGAAGCUCAAAUUCAAAUGCGGGAAAUGCUCCUACCAAACUUUCUGUUCCCAAGAUCCCCAGCGUGAAUAUCGAUCAGAAGUAUCCUUUACUUACUGAUGAUAUCUCAAACCCGAUCAUGUACGAAGACAAUUGGCUUUCUCACCAGGAAGUUGUCAUCACCCAGUUGGUCAACGGUCUCUUCGACUCCGCUUGUGGCAAGUUGGAUUCCAGAGAUCCGGAGGUUCUCAGACAUGAGCUACUUGGAAUUUAUCAAGACAAUUCGUUUGUUUUACUCUACAAGCGACUGCAUGCAUCUCUUUUAUACGGUGCUCUGGCGGUCCCCAAAGAUGUGCUCGCUCGAGGAAACAGACUCGGUGAAGACCUUGGCAUGAAACGCACUUUCUUGAACUUCUGGGUGGAAACAUAUGACCUACACGCCCUGAGGGCUGCGGCAGAAACAGUGAUAGGCCGCAGGAUAUCCAAUCCUUUGCGGUUAUCGAACGAUGGCCGUGUGUCGCCAGAUCAACAACUCAGACAACAGAAGACGCUUAAACGGGCGCUGGAGGCAUUUUUAGACAUUUUUCUUAUCCGCAAUGAGGAUAGGGAGCGCGGGACAACCGAAGAGACUAGCGUUGCUGGUUGGGGAUAUCGACGGACAAUCCUUCGAAGUAUUUUGAUGAUUGUCCUCCUUGACAAAGGCCGCCUCUCUCCUCAAAGCUCACUACCACGGUGCCUUUUUGUUCCUUCGUCGCGGUACAAGUCAUCCACCGCGGCUCUUCAAGCCCUGGGCAAUCAGCUGCUCCCUUCUGUUGGAGAUAUUACGCGACCCCUGGGUCAUCUAGAUUGUCAAGUCUCCUACAAGCAGCAUCCGCUGCAGGAGUAUGAAUUCCAGAUCAAUAACCUCGCCGUGGAUUUGCGUGACGGUGUGCUGCUUACCAGACUGGUAGAAUUAUUGCUUUACCCUUCCACUUCGUGCUUUCAGUCCGGUCAAGACGAUUCGGAUGCAUCAAACACUUUGACCAUGCCUACGGGGGAGGUUCUUCCUCUGAAACGGGAAGAAACUGAUUGGCCACUGUCACAGCACUUGAAAUUCCCUUGUUCAGGCCGGGCCACCAAGCUCUUCAAUGUCCAGAUCGCGUUGAGUGCGUUGCGUGGAGUCCAGGGCAUCGGAAUCAUUGCCCAGGAUGUCCGUCCCGAAGACAUUGUAGAUGGAUACCGUGAAAAGACCAUUGCCUUGUUAUGGGGUCUAGUUGGGAAAUGGGGUCUUGCAGGACUCGUAGACUGGGAUGACGUGAGAAAGGAGAUCGCGCGGCUUCAACGAAAGAUUUCAUCUCGAUCCAACGACUCCUGCUAUGAAGGAGAAUUCUCUGAAGAUGAAGAUAGUCAAGAGGAUGAGGACGGGCCGCACGCAUUCUUGCUCAAAAAAUGGGCAUCUGCCCUCGCUCAACUGAAAGGUCUACGUCUUGAGAACUUCACCACCAGUUUCACGGAUGGCAAGAUCUUCGAGAGCAUUAUAGAAGAAUACGAACCUUACAUUAUCGGAUCGGGAGCUUCAAGACGAGGAGAACGGACAGAAACAGCGUCAAGUGGGCAAUCUCAAACAUGUAUUGCCUUGGAGGCGCGCCUGCGGGCGUUGGGGUGCAGCUCACAAUUUGCAUCUCUCGUUUCUCCUUCCAAAUCGGCAUCUCGAAUCUUCGAUCGUGAUUUCAUCCUUGGUGCUCUCGCCUUUCUCUGCUCUCGUCUUCUCUCCGCCUCGAAGCGCACUCGAGCAGCCCUCAUUCUGCAGUCAGCAUGGCGACGAACAUUGGCGCUUCGAACUCUGCGUCACCGUAUCCUCGCAAAGAAGGUUGCCACAGAGUGUGCGGCUGUGGUCCAUACAAGGGAUCGUAUCUUGUGGGCUAAAGAAGUGAUCGUGAAUUGGUGGAGAGAGCAGAAGGCAAGGAGAAGCAAAGCUGCGAACAGUUCCCGAAGAAACCAGACCGGAAAGAAUGGGAUUCCAAAGUCGAAAGUUGAAUGUCCGGCAAGACAACCACGGACACAGACAAAGCAAUAUGGUGGCAGCGGCGAUGUCAUUCGAAAGCAGAAGCAGAGAAAAGGAGUCACCUUUCAUUCUGCUGCAGAAAACACUGACGCGACUUGCAGAAAUGACGAUCUUUGGCUCUCACUGUGA